AUGCAGAACCUGCGCAAAAAGACACACGUCGAUCUCCUUACUCAAAACGGAAAUUUCGAAGACUCCGAUGCAGAGUUCAAGUGCCCAGUAUUCUCUACUGAGGGAAGCUGCAAGUCGGAGAGAAUCACCUUCUGGCAGUUCUAUGUUGGAGCUUGCUGCGAGAAGGCUUCUACAUGGUUAACAGAGAAUGAGAAAGCCCAGAAGAAAAAACUGCAUGUUGUCAAGAAUAUGAAAGAGGAAACCAAGCGAGAUAAAAUAGAAGCGGAGGAGGAAUCUGAGAAGAUAAGAAAGAAGAUUGAAAGCUUGGAGAGUCUUCAAGCAAAUCGUAGAUCGCUCGUUGAGAAAACCUUGAAGAGCAUUCAAGAGACUGACAAAGAAUUGGAAGAGAAAAAGAGAGCCCAGGGAACCGCGGAACAAACGCUUAGGAAAAGAAAUCUAGCGAUGGACAAGGUGUCCAUGCGAUACAAGCAACUGUCUUACGAAUAUCACGCCCUCACCAACAGGGAUGAUGACGAGGGUGAUGAUGAGAGCUCAGGCACUACGAUUUGCCGAGUUUGCUUGGAGAAGUACGGCGACAAUUUUGCAAGGCGUAAAUACGCCCUUACUAGAUGCGGCCAUGUUGCCUGCAGGUCCUGCUUCGAUCAAAUUCUCGCAGGCGAACGCUACGAUGGUAACUGUCCUCACUGCCGGUCAUACUUCGAUGUCGAUGAAAUGAUCAGAAUUCACGAGUAG